AUGGCCGAUUUCAUCGCCGAGAUGACCCCGGGAAAUCUCAUCCCUGAGUCAUGGAAACUACACGUCGACGGCUCGUCAAACGUCACCUAUGGAGGCGUCGGAGUCAUACUCGAGAGUCAAAACAGGGUCACAAUCGAACAGUCGGUACGAUACGAGUUCCUAGUGUUGAACAACCAGGCAGAAUAUGAGGCCCUCCUGGCAGGCCUAUCCCUAGCCCAAGAAGUCAGAGCAAAGGUCUUGGAAGUGAAUACCGAUUCACAGGUAGUCAGUUCCCAAAUUAAUGGAGACUACCAGACACAAGAUCCCCUACUCCAACAAUACCUUGCCAAGGUAAACGAACUGAAAGAAAGAUUCGAACACGUUACCAUACAACACGUUCCUAGGGAACGAAACGCCAGGGCAGACCUGCUCUCCAAACUAGCCAGUACCAAACCAGGACACGGUAACAAAUCGCUAAUUCAGGAAAUCAUUAAGUCACCGUCCAUAUCGACAACGACCAACGCUUAUUUGAAACUCUCAAACCAGGGAUCAUGGACCUACCCUAUCCUACAAUACCUCCUCAACAGAACACUACCAGAAGACCCCAAAGAGGGAAAACGAACAAAAAGGGAAGCCGCCAACUAUAUAGUUGUCGCAGGACAACUAUACAAUCGCGGAUUCUUGCAACUCCUACUCAAAUGCAUCGAACCCGGGGACACGGAGUACAUACUCCGCGAAAUCUAUGAAGGUUGUUACAGCCACCACAUCGGAGGUAAAACCCUAGCCCAAAGAGUCAUCAGGGCAGGCUACUUCUGGCCCACGGUUAUCCGGGACUCCAUGCAGUUAGUAAAAAACUGCGACAAAUGCCAAAGGCAUGCCAAUAUCCACCAAGCCGCCCCUCACCAGCUCAGCAUCAUAUCGGCAGAGCGGCCAUUUGGCACUUGGGGGAUCGACCUCGUCGGGCCUUUCCCUACGGCACCCGGUCAACUCCGGUACCUCAUCGUCGCCAUAGACUAUUACACCAAAUGGAUCAAGGCCGAACCCUUGGCCUCCAUCACGGCAACCCAGUGCCGAAAAUUUCUUUGGCGACAGAUCAUAACCCGGUUCGGGAUCCCCGAGAUCGUCAUCUCGGAUAACGGAACCCAAUUUUACCGAUAG